AUGGCGGCCGCGGACGCGACCCUCGCCGCCGCGCGCGAGGACGUGAAACUCGCGGAGAAGGAAGCGUCGACGAGCGGCGGCGGCGGUCGCGCCGCGCACGCGCUCAAGGUCCAAGCCCGGCGCGCGCUCAAGCACAAGAUCGCGGGGCUGAGGCGCGACCUCCUGCUGACGCUCGGCGCGGACGUCAACGCGAGAGACGACUUCGGCGUCGCCGCGAUACACAAGGCGGCGGGCCACGGGCGCGUCGCCGCGCUCGACCUCCUGCUGACGCUCGGCGCGGACGUCAACGCGAGAGACGACUUCGGCGUCGCCGCGAUACACAAGGCGGCGGGCCACGGGCGCGUCGCCGCGCUCGUUCGACUGCUCGGCGACGGCGCCGCGGAUGUCGAUCUGAAAGUCGGGGAGAUCAGCGACGCGAUACCGGCCGCGUACGGCGCGCGGUCGAGGGGACAGACGGCGCUGCACGUGGCGUGCGCCAAGGCGGCGGCGGCGGACGAAACGUCGGACAAAACGUCGGACAAAGUGUCAUCAGACAAAGUGUCGGACAAAGUGUCGGACCCGCGGAUCGUCGGCGCGCUUCUCAAGUACGGCGCCGACGUCGCCGCGAGGGACGACGCGGGGAACACGCCGGUGCACGACGCGUGCGCGGCGUGCGACGUGCGCGCGGUGAGGGCGAUGAUGUCGGUCGUCGCGAAGAGGGGAGGAGGAGGCGAACGCGGAGAUGGCCGAAAUCGAAACGCGCGCGCCGCGGCGACGGCAGAGAACGACGCCGGGGACGUCCCGGGGGCGUUGGUGCCGUUCCGUCGGCGCGGGUGCGACGCGCGCGCGAUUUGGGACGCGCUGCGGGAGGGCGCGGCGAGCGGCGGCGGCGGCGGCGGCGGCGGCGGCGACGGCGACGGCGACGGCGACGCGAAAGCGAAGUGAAGCGGAACGGGGGGUAUUCGUACUGUGGCGCGCGCGUGAUGACGUUGGUUUUUUUUUUUUGGUCUCGACGUAGAGCUCAGCGUGUAUUACAACGGCGCUGCGGUA